AUGGAGCUGCAGCCUCAUCUCAGAGCUACCUGUUUGCUGGGCUUCAGUGUCCUGCUCCUGGUCACCACUUCUGAUGGACAUACUGGGCUUGGGAAAGGCCUUUUUUGUUUUGGAGAUCAUAUUCAUUGGAGGACACUAGAAGAUUGGAAGAGAGAAGCAGCUGCCAGUGGAAUUCCCCUGAUGGUGAUUAUCCAUAAAUCCUGGUGUGGAUCUUGCAAAGCUUUAAAGCCCAAAUUUGCAGAGUCUAAAGAAAUUUCAGAACUUUCUCAUAAUUUUAUUAUGAUAAAUCUUGAGGAUGAAGAGGAGUCCAAGGAUGAAGAUUUCAAUCCUGAUGGGGGUUAUAUUCCACGAAUUCUUUUCCUGGAUCCCAGUGGCAAGGUGCAUCCUGAAAUUAUCAACGAGAGUGGAAACCCCAGCUACAAAUAUUUCUAUAUCAAUACUGAACAAGUUGUUCAGGGGAUGAAGGAAGCUCAGGAAAGAUUGAUGGGUGAUGCCUACCAACAGAAACAUCUUGAAGAUGAGUUGUAACAUGAAUGUAUCCCUUCUUUCUUCAAAGUUAGUAUUCUGGGAGGAAAGCAGCAGGAUAAACGGACCAGGAAACCUUGCUCCUUCCUGCAUAGGAAGAAGCUCUCUCA